GUCAAUUAAUGUUUUAUGUCACACUGCCUACCAAUCCACUAAUUUAAAUUAUUAAUUGCUCUCAACUCUGGCAAGUCGCCCAACCAAUUAUAUAUACCCACGUGUAUAUUGAUAAUCGGAAGUUCACCGGCUUCUUGUAUAUAUAUUAUGACUGUAUAUGCGUAUCUUCAAUCAACGAACACACACACAAAAGCUGUCGUAUCGUGUGGUUUUGUUUUGUCCGAAAAUGGCGUUGAGAAUUGCCAUCCGCCGGUCAUUAGCCCUAAGUCGGUCCUCCGCUCUCUCUCUCCACCACCAUCGCCACUGCCACGCCGCAGCAUCUCCGCUCCGGCGACCGGAAUACGUAGCGAACCGUAUCUCCGACCAGAAUUACGUCCGAAUAUUCGACACGACCCUCCGUGACGGCGAACAGUCUCCCGGCGCCGCCCUCACGUCCACGCAGAAGCUGGCCAUUGCUCGGCAGCUCGCCAAGCUCGGCGUCGACGUCAUCGACGCCGGUUUCCCGGCCGCCUCUGCCGACGACUUCGAGGCGGUCAAAACCAUCGCCAAGACCGUCGGAAACGAGUGGGACAAGAAGACGGACUAUGUACCAGUGAUAUGCGGUCUCGCACGGUGCAACAUGAAGGACGUAACGGAUGCAUGGGAGGCGGUUAAACACGCGAGAAGACCGAGAAUUCACGUUUUCAUUUCGACAAGCGAUCUUCAUAUAAAGCAUAAGCUGAGGACCACACGCGAAAAGGUCGUCGAAAUGGCUUCAAAUACGGUUACUUUCGCCAGGAAUUUGGGUUGUGACGACGUCCAAUUCAGCCCUGAGGAUGCUUGCAGGUCGGAGAAGGAGUUUUUGUACAGCAUUUUAGGAGAAGUGAUAGCUGCGGGUGCGACGACAUUGAACAUUGCAGAUACAGUUGGAUUUAGCAUCCCUAACGAAUUCGGACAACUUAUCUCCGACAUUAAAGCGAACACUCGAGGGAUUAAUGAUGUAAUAAUCUCUGUGCACUGCCACGAUGAUCUUGGUCUUUCUACUGCCAAUACACUUGCCGUAAGUGCAUGCGCAGGAGCAAGACAAAUCGAAGUCACGGUCAACGGCAUCGGUGAGAGAGGUGGAAACGCAUCGCUCGAAGAGGUCGUGAUGGCUAUGAAAUGCCGAGGGCCACAUGUUCUAGGUGGCCUAUAUUCUGGAAUUAACACGAGGCAAAUUAUCCCAUCUAGCAAGCUGCUUGAAGAGUGCACAGGUUUGCAUGUGCAGCCAAACAAGGCCAUAGUAGGAGCCAAUGCUUUUGUUCACGAGAGCGGCAUCCAUCAGUUGGAUGGAGUACUGAAGCACAAGAAUACCUACGAGAUCAUAGCACCGGAAGAUGUCGGGCUCCUACGAGCCAACAAUUCCGGCAUUGUUCUUGGAAAGCUUAGUGGCCGGCAUGCAUUGCAAAGUCGACUAAAAGAGCUCGGAUACGAACUCGACAAUGAAAAGCUGAACGUUGUGUUUUGGCGUUUCAAGGCUAUAGCCGACCAAAAAAAGAGAGUUAGCGAUGCCGACAUCAUAGCAUUGGUUUCCGAUGGCGAAACUACUCGAUAUGAAGUUACAUGGAAGCUUCUAGACGUUCAGGUGGUGUGUGGAACAGCUGGGCAGUCAAUGGCCACGGUCAAACUGGUUGACCCAAAAGGAGAAGAACACAAGGCUUGCUCGGUCGGGAAUGGACCUGUUGAUUCAGCCUACAAGGCCGUCGAUCUCAUCGUCAAAGAACCGGUAAGAUUACUCGAAUACUCUACGAACGACGUAUUGGGAGGCGUGGAUUCCACAACAAAGACAACGACUCGAGUUUCCAUUCAGACAAAUCCUGAUUUCGUAUCGGAAGAUCAGACAUUUAGUGGCGUAGGAGAGGGAAUGGAUUUUAUUGUUUCAAGCGUCGAAGCAUACAUCGGGGCAUUGAACAACAUGUUGGGGAAUAAGGAUGAAUCCUCACAGACAUCUAAUCCGUAGAGACAAACAGUCUUGUAAUAAAAUGCAUGUCUCUUCAAUCAUAUAUAUAUACACUACAAAAAAACUGUUAUUUUGCAACGAAAAAUUUUCGUUGCAAAGUAAUUUCGUUGC